ACAAUGACAGGCUUUAUAAGGAGAGAAAACCUUAUGUUCCGCAAAUCUAAUAGCUUUUCUGUGCGAACAUGAUAAACAAAUUAUAUCGGGGGAUGCUGGCCGUACUUUACAAGAUUAGGCUGUAGAAGCCCAGAGGCUCAGGGGAUUCAAAGGCCAGUGUUCCCACUGGUCCAGAAACAUUUAGGAGGCUGGUUGCUUUAGUGUAAUACAGUCCUACAGCCUAGCCAUGGCUGUUUUCUGAUGAAACUGUUUCAUUAUUAAUGCUGGAAAGACUGUCCAAACUUCCAACCAAAUUUACAUUGAACGCGACAGAAAAAGUUCCAAAAUGUACCGUGUGUUUCAUCAGUCACAUAGACUUUUUAGUGUACCCUGUGAAAUUAAUCUGGCAAGUUUGCUGGAAAGAGAACUGAAACAAGCUCCACAGCCAAUUUAUAAUAUCCUCAGAUGGAAACAAACAAAAAUAGGACAAGGUUUAACUCUGGAUACGUGUAUUCAAAAUAUGUUUACUUCUCUAAUGGACUUUACCACACUUAUAUGGAUCUAGCGCAAUGCCGUUUACUUGCAAAACAUUCCUACUGUAAAUGUGCUUCCUUUUAUAUCUCUCUAGUGAAACAACAGUGGGUUAUGGUUUUGAUAAAUAGUUGAGCCAGAAAAAAGUAGGCCUACUUAGGGGAAAAACUGGUUUGUGUUGGAGGCCAAGUGACGACAUUGUGAUGAUCUGUGUUCGGCUCAUAUAAGAGUGGCCAUCCUCCCAGAACGCUCUUCAGAGGAGGCCAGAUGGUGAUGAUGAUAAUACAUGGGAAUGAACACGGAGAAAGAGCACAUCUUGACUGAGACCACAAAGCACUGGAGAUAAGUUUCCCAAUGUUCAGGAACACAACCGAGAGGCUCCUCCCCACUGAGGACCCUCACUCAGAGCUGGAUUGGACCGAGUUGGACCCCUAUAACUGUACACUACUGUACAACUACACUGCAGCCUGGGACUGGCUCUCCACCUACCAUCCAGCCUACCUGGUUCUGCUCAGUGUGGUGGGCGUGUUGGCCAACGGCCUGGUUCUCUAUGUCUUUUGCCUGCAGAGAAAGCUAUGCACCGUGGCCGAUGUCUACCUGGGCAACCUGGCCGCUGCCGACCUGGUCAUAGUGUCCUGUCUACCCUUCUGGGCCGCUACCAUUGCUAACAACUACCACUGGGCGUUCGGCGAGCCAAUGUGCAAGCUGGUCAACGUGGCCAUCUCCAUGAACUACUACUGUAGUGUUUUCUUCCUGGUGCUGGUUAGUGUUGAUCGCUACCUGGCUCUUGUCCGGCCCAUGUGCCAAAGCCGACUGCGGAGGGCGUCCUGGGCCAAGCGCAUCUGCCUGGGAAUAUGGAUCAUGGGGUUCCUGCUGAGUUUGCCCAUCCUGUUCUUCCGCAAGGUGAAAUACGUGGCCAAGGCGGGGGUGACAGCCUGCUACUUGGCUUACCCCCAUCCAGACUGGGAAAUUCAGCGCAAUAUCACCAAUAACGUGGUUGGGUUCCUGCUUCCUGUGAUAGUGGUGGCAUACUGCAGUCGCCACAUUGUGAUCGCUCUGAAAAAUGGUCAGAUCAGAAAAACUCCUGGUGUGAGGUCAGAGAGGAAGGCCACACAACUGGUCCUGACUGUCCUCACAGUCUUCCUCAUCUGCUGGACACCCUACCAGGUGGUGCGCUUCCUGGACACGCUGGAUUACUUCCAGGUCACUCCAGGUUGCCUCUGGGGUCACAUUCUGGACAUUAGCAUACAGCUGUCCACAUACCUGGCAUACGCCAACAGCGCCAUUAACCCUUUCCUGUAUGUCAUUGUGGGGAGACACUUCAGGAAGAGAGCAAAAGAAGUGUUCAGGACAAUGUUAAACCGCAGAUUGACAGAGAAAUCAUUCCUGACGGUCAAUUUCACCUCAAGUGGAAAACUGGACACUCAAAGGAUACAAUGUAAACAACUAGUGAAACAAACUGUGACGUGACAAGUCUCUGUCUUGAAGUCUAUCCGUCCGUCCAUCUGAACUGAUCCAGACUGAACAUUUAAUCUUCAUCUGUUUUUACUUUUAAAUUGUAAAUAUGUUCUUUCUUCUAAUCGGAUCGAUAUCCGUCAGUCGUUUGUGUGAGACCAAAUGAGGUGAACAAGUGAUCAGGGACCUCCAGAUGAUUUCUGUCUUUGUUAAACUUGUAAUUACCGGAGGACAUCUGUUCCGAAUCAUUAAGACCUUUAUUAAUACAAAUAGUCCAUUUAUCUGUCUACAAUAUUCUACCUCGUAAGCAAUCGAACUCCUGUUUUAGUUCCUUUGUGGAUUUAUGGAGAAAUUCAGACUACAGACUCCAUUCGGGUGCACGACACUGAAGAUUUAUGCUGUAAUAUAGGCACUAAAUUACGACUGUCCAGUGUAGAAGAUUAAUCUAAAUGUGAUCUAUGAAGUCUUUUAUUGUCAUUGAGACCCUUUUCAUUUUGAUGGAGUGUGCCACUAUGAGAAAUGAUUCUCCCAGAGCAGGACUACGAAUGGGACGUAUUGCACUGUGAACUAAUUUAAAUGUAAAAGGUCAUAUUGUCCUUUAAAAAGCUCAUAUCAUUUUUUCUUUUUGGCCACUAAAUCAAAUGAGGUUCUGGUUGAAAGGUCUGUAUUUCUUAUCAAUCCUGUGAAAAAAAUUUUUUGUUAUUGCAUAAAAACAACUUUUGUAUGUAUCAAAAUGUUGUCCACUACCGUGAUGACGUAAAUAAAUCAAUGUGGGGUUUGAGUACUCAAC